AUGGCUGCUCCGACACAGCUUGCUUACCGCACCCUUAAGGGUAUCGGUAUCAUGGAUGCCGCUCCGGUUUACGAGCCCCUGCCUGGAUUUGCGAAGCCUGAUGGAAAUCUUCGUUGCGCUGCUUACUCACCCGACGGCCGUUACUACGCCUGGGCCUCCCCUCAAGUGGUUACCAUUGUGGAUGCUUCCGUUGGUCACAUCGUUUCAACCAUCACUGCCGAGAAUGUCUUCGAAUUGAGCUUCUCUCCCCUCGGUACCUACCUUAUUACUUGGCAGCGCCCCACCAAGGAUGCCAAUGGAGAUGCUACCAAGAAUCUCAAGGUUUGGCGCGCAAUUGAAGCUGGUGAUGAGCAAACCAUCGUUGGUCAAUUCGUUCAAAAGUCGCAGACCGGCUGGAACUUGCAAUACACUCCGGAUGAGAAGCUUUGCGCUCGUGUGGUGACCAAUGAGGUUCAGUUCUACCAAAGCGACAACCUUUCGACCGUGUGGAACAAGCUUCGUGUGGAGGGGGUGGCGGACUUUGCUCUUUCGCCCGGUCAGACUCAGUCGAUCGCGGUUUUCAUUCCCGAGCGCAAGGGCCAGCCUGCUUCAGUCAAGGUGUUUAUUGUGCCUCAGUUCGGUGCUCCGGUCUCCCAGAAGAGCUUCUUCAAGGGUGACAAGGUUCAGCUGAAGUGGAACUCGUCCGGUACUACUUUAAUCGUUCUUGCUCAGACCGAGGUCGACAAGACUGGUAAGAGCUACUACGGUGAGACUACACUGUACUUGCUCAGUGCCAGUGGUGCCUUUGAUUCUCGAGUUGAUCUUGACAAGGAAGGUCCCAUCCACGAUGUGAGCUGGAACCCCAACUCCAAGGAAUUCGGUGUCGUUUAUGGCUACAUGCCCGCAAAGACCACCAUCUUCAAUGUCCGUGGCAAGCCGACGCACAAUUUCCCUCUGAGCCCUCGAAACACCAUUCUGUUCUCUCCUCAUGGUCGUUUCGUGCUGGUUGCCGGUUUUGGAAACCUUGCCGGUCAGAUGGACAUCUACGACAUGGAAAAGAACUUCCACAAGAUCGCCACCGUGGAGGCUUCCAAUGCUAGCGUUUGCGAGUGGUCUCCUGACGGUCAGUACAUCUUGACGGCGACCACUAGCCCACGUCUUCGUGUCGACAAUGGUAUCCGCAUCUGGCACGUCAGCGGCGCUCUGGUAUACAAUGAGGAGAUGACUGAGCUCUACGAGGUGUUCUGGCGUCCCCAGAGCCUUACUCAGCACCCCUUGGGUGACCCUUUCACUAAGCUGCCUGUGCCCCACCCAUCUGCGACUGCCUACUUGGCUACCCGUAAGGCUCCUGUCAAGCCUGCUGGUGCGUACCGUCCUCCCGGUGCGCGCGGUCAGUUGACUCCUCUGGCGUUCAAGCGUGAGGAUCAAGGUGGCGCUGCCUACAUCCGCGAGGGCGUUGCUGGUUCCGGUACUGCUUCCGUCAACGCUUUUGGCAAGCCUCGUCGCCUAUUUGCCCCCGGUGCCGCUCCCGGAGGCGGCGUUGCGCUUCCUCCUGGUGCGGACAACGCCUCGCUUUCCAAGUCCGCCGCUAAGAACAAGAAAAAGCGUGAGGCUGCCAAGAAGGCUCGUGAGGACGGCACUGACAACGCCCCUCCUGCCAAUGCCCCCACUGGCCCCAACGCCAACCGUGGACGUGCUAAGAACAACGGCUCCCCCGUGCACGGUAACGGCAAAGCUUCUCCUGCCCCGGCUGCGGCCCCUGUGACCGAGGCUGCUCCCGUUCCUACUCCUGACUCUGCUGUGGACCCUUCUGCCCAGGACAAGAAGAUCCGCGGUCUCCUCAAGAAGAUUCGAGCGAUUGAAGAGCUGAAGAUGCGCCUCGCUGGCGGAGAGAAGCUCGAGGAUACUCAGAUGAAGAAGAUUCAGACUGAGGAUGCCGUUCGCAAGGAGCUCGAGGCCGUUGGAUACAGCGGUUAG